AUGCAAAAAUCAAAAUUAUUGAUUAGCUUGUUUUGUUUGAUGGUGCUUUUUGCACUCUUUGUUCAAGCUGAUGGAUCGUCGGGUGUUGUUCUCGAAUUAAAUACACAAAAUUUUGAAACCACCAUACAAUCAAAUCCACAAAAAGUUUUCUUUAUUAAAUUCUUUGCUCCAUGGUGUGGUCAUUGUAAAAGAUUGGCUGGCACUUGGUCCGAAUUAGCCAAAGAACUUGAGGAUUCAUCUGUUCCACACUUCCAAAAUGUUCAAUUAGCAAAGGUUAACUGUGAUGAACAUCCAGAUAUUCGUAGAAAAUAUUCUAUCAGAGGAUAUCCAACACUUGUUUUAUUUGUUGGUGGAAAGCCUGUUACUGAAUAUUAUGGUUAUAGAACAGUUCCAAAAUUCAAAUCAUUUUUGGAUGAUGUCUUUUCAUCAGCUAAGAGUUCUGGAUCUGUUGAUCAAGUAACUGAAGUUGAAUUGGAAUCCAAAAUUAAGAAUCAAAACAGAGCUUGGACUGUCAUGUUUUACAAUUCCGAAUCAGCUCAAACUAAACAAUUUGACUCAAACUUCCAACAACUUGCUACCAAUAAUAAGGAUACAAAUAAUUUCUUUGCCAAGAUUGAUUGUAAUCAAGAAAAGGAGUUAUGUACAAAGAGAUUAACUAUUGAUCUUACUAAUGGUCCUCAAUUCGUCAUCUUUACUGGAUCUGAUAAGAUGAUGUCACAAUUCAAGGAACAACCAUCUGUAGAAUCACUCCAAAAAUUCAUCACCAGUGGACAUGUUAGUAGUAAGGUUCAAAUUCCAGGACCAGUUGAUAAUACACCAACUAUUCUUCACUUUUUGAAUGACCAUCCAUAUAUUAGUAUUGGUGUUGUUACCAUGUUCUGUAUUGCUAUUUGUGGUAUCUUUUUGGCAAUUCUCUGCAUGUCUGAUGAUUCUGAAAAGAAAGGCAAGACUGAACCAGCUGAAAAUACUGAAAAUACUCAAACCAAUCCAGCCAAUAACUUUGAUGUUUCCAGUGAUGAAGAAGGUGACAAGGUUGUUGAAGCAACAUCCAAUGAAACUGCUCCAUCCAAUUUGAAGAAGAGAAAUUUGAGUUCCAACAAUGAAUAA